CUUUCGCACGUUCGAAAAAAAAUAGGUAAGAAAAAUGAUGUCAAAAGGUUUCGGGGAAGUUACCCAGGGUCAAAAUCUCAUCCAUGUCGUAGUUUAGGAUCGAUUCGUUCGGAGCUAUUCCCGCGCAAAGAAUACAUUUCAAUUUUAUCAUUUCAUGUAUUCUAGAAAAUAUAAUGAUUUCUAGUUCGCCAACUUACACAUACUUGAUCAUAUUUGUUUUCAUAUUCACAAUAUGUUUAUAUAACAUAGAAUUAUACACACGUACAUAAUAACUUUUUAAUUUUCUUCGUUUAUGGAACAAAAUUUCACAGUAAAUUACACUGAGUAUAAACGACAAAAUAGGGUAGAAUAGAGAGUCUUUUGUAUUCAUUAUGAAAUACUAACAAUGAAUCUUCUUUGCAUCAGUAACUUAUACAAGUAUUUUUUAAUAGAUCUUACAAGAUCGAUCAAAACAUCUUCAAUUGCUCUUUAUACAUUUUUUUUUUAUAACCAACUAGUUUGUCAUUAUUAGCACUACACAAACACCUGAUUCUGAUUGAACUUUUACAUAUAAUUGAACGUUCCAAUAAUUUAAACGAUGUGUACAAAUACAACUAGAGUUUUUUUUAGUAUGCCGUUCGAUGCAUGUAUUCAGAAUGUCAAUAUUUACUCAUCUGUUUAAUACAAGAAUAUUGAACACGGAAAUUUCUUUUUUUUACUUGUGUUAAUUAAUACAAAUUAAACCUUUCCCGUGAAAAGUCAUCAUCUUUUUCUUGAAUUGAAAAAUCAGAUCUAAUGAAGAAUAACUAUCAGAGAUGAUUGUAUAGACAAUCAAAAAAAUUCAUUUUUUUAGAUCAAACUGACUUCCGUUUAUAUCGGUGACAGUAAUGAUGAUUUAAGAAAUAGUGCGAGACAAGUGUGAAAUUCGUUGAUCAUCCUUUUUCUAUAAUGGUGAUCUAUCUCAAAUUUAUAUUCAUAUCUAUUACACUACACGUAUGAUUGACAUUUUAAUACUUCAUUUGUGUUUAUCAAUGAUAAUAAUAGACAUUGUUCACAAAGAAGAAGGAGAAGAAAUAAUAAUAAUAAUAAUCGGAUGAACUACCACAAAUCGAUAUGCUUCAUUUAUGAUUAGUAGUAAUUUAACUAGAAGAAAAGAAAAUGUAAGAGCCUUUUGAGGUUAAUGUGGUCAAUAAGAGUUAGUUCCUCAUUAUUAUUCAAUGAUAAUAAUCAUACAUUAGAGAAUUUUUAUGAAUUCUUAUUCUAAAUAUGGUUAAAAUGAUAAUUUUGUGUUUCAUAAAGAAGAUGGAUAUGAUAUAUAUGUACAUAUACAUACAGAAAAAUAUUUUAAGUUUAAAAAAUAGAAAAAAAACAGAAUAGUUUUAUUUCAGUGGUAGUAAAUGAUAUGUUUUGUUUUAUUUUCGUUAUAGUAACGCCUAUUGUAAUUGUUAAAUAAUCUGUUUUAAAAAUAUCAUCUACCAGAUUGCAAAGAGAAUUUAUUCUUAGAAUUUAUGCUUAUCUUUUAUUCUAGUUAUAUUAUUUCCAACCAAUGUUUUAUUAUCCAGUGUAUUAAGUACACGAACAAUAACGGAGAAAGAAGGUCAUGAAGUUGUAUUAUCAUGUCGUUUCGAUCAAUUAUCCGAUAAAGAUCGUGUUAUGUGGUCAAAAGAUGGUAUUGUCUUGUCUGUUAAUACCGAAAUAAAAGCGGAUAAACAACGAUAUGAAAUAUCUGGAAAAUAUGAUUUAAUUAUUAACAAUAUAACCGAUAAUGAUAGUGGAAAAUAUUUAUGUCAAAAUUUUGAUCAAGAAUUAUCAAUGAUAAUAAUAUUAACCGUUUUAACUCGACCAUCGGAACCCGAACUUCAUCAAACAAAUGAAACACUUACGGAAAAAGCCAUCGUUCAAUUUGUUUGUUCGGUGUUAGGUGGUAAUCCUUCUCCAACGUUUUCGUGGUAUCUAAAUCAUAAUAUUAUUAAUGAAAGUUUAUAUACAACAUAUCCAAAUAAAAAACAAUCGUUUGGUGAACUACGAUUACCCAUCGAACGACGUUAUCAUGGAGCUCAACUAUCGUGUCAAAUUGAUAAUAAAGCCUUAGAUAAACCAUUAACAAUAUCAACAAAAUUAAAUGUUCAAUAUAAACCUGAUGUUUCGCUAAAAAAUGGUCAAUCAAUUGUUACUAAUGGAAAUAUUGCUAUUAUUGAAAAUUCAUUAUUUUCACUUGAAUGUCUUGUGGACUCGAAUCCAACACCUGUUGAACCAAUUCAAUGGUUAAAAAAUGGCGCAACAUUGACUGAUGUUACAUCGCCAUCAUUAGUUUUACAAACAAUUAAACGUACAGAUGAAGGUGAAUACACUUGUAUUGCUUUGAAUACUAUAGGCAAGGGACAAGCAAGUGUUCGUAUUCGUAUUCAAUAUGGUCCCAUCGUGAAACUUAAAGGUGGUGAUACAAUUCGAGAGAAUCAACGUUUAUCGUUAGAAUGUAUGACUGAUGCUUAUCCGGAAGUAGAAGAGUAUCAAUGGUUUAAAAAUAAUAUAUUGUUGUAUCAUUAUAAACAUUCAACAUUAAUUAUCGAUCGUGUCCAAAAACAAGAUCAUGGCAAUUACACAUGUUUAGCUAAGAAUUUCUUAAGAAGUUCAGAUGGAUCACGAAUUGAAAUGUCACAAAAAGAUGAGACAAGAGUUAUUGUUGAAUAUGCACCUAUUGUAACAAGUUUAUCAUUUAAAAUUGCAUCUGAUCCAAUGACAGAUGUUAUGUUACAAUGUCAAAUUGAUUCAUAUCCAGAAUCCACUAUAAACUGGAUAUUUAAUGGUACUCUUAUUCGAACAAAUAAUGGAAAAUAUGUCAUUACGCAAAAGAAGAUCAAUAACAUUAUUCAAAGUAAUUUGAUCGUAAAAAAUGUACAAACACCCAUUGACUUCGGUCUUUAUUCGUGUAAUGCCUUAAAUAAAUUUGGUCAAAAUUCUACAACAAUUCAAUUAAGAUCAAAAGAUGUGCCUGAUGCACCAGUUCAUUUAAAUGUUUCAAAUAUUUCUUAUUCAUCAUUUAUAUUGGAAUGGAAGCCUGGUUUCGAUGGUGGCUCAUCUCAAACAUUCAUUGUAUCACUCAAUGGUCUGUUAGAAAAACAAACAAACGAAACAAAAGUCACUAUAACAAAUUUAAACCAUUCAGAAUUGUAUAUAGUUCGUGUCCGAUCACAAAAUACAUUAGGUAUUAGUAGGGAAUAUGCUAUGAUACAAGUAACAACAUUACAAGUACCAAUUAGACAAGAAGAUCUUCCAUUAAUUGAACAUCCUAUGCUUCAUAUUGGUCAACGAACAAUCAGUUAUCAACUGAACGACAAUUUGACAUUGGUAGCAAAUAAAGCGUUGUUAUGCAUCAAAGUUGAAGGGCAAAAUGGUACAAUUGAAUGUAAAAAAAUUACAUCAGCCAGUGGUGUACUACGACUAGAACAUGAACUGAAUGGUGAUCUCACACGUUUAUCAGUUGCCGUGUGUCUCGAAAAUUAUGAAAACUAUUGUGGAAAAGCAUAUCCAGUUGAAAUAAAGCGAGAAGUUUCAUUCAAUUGGAUAUUUGUUCUAAUCGCAUCUGUGAUUGUUGUAUUUGUUUUAAUUUUAUUUGGUUUGUGUAUAUUUUGUGCACUACAAAGUCGGAAGAGAAAACGUAAUACUAGUCGAGAUACAGUAGCAUCAUCCAUUUCAUCUGCCAAACCAGUUAUUGAACCAUUGUCAAUUGGAACUGAAAGUCCAAAAUAUUUUACUCAUAUUACUCAUUCACCAACACGUACUGAACAACAAUAUUUGAAAGCGUCUUAUAGUAAAAUAGCUGAAAUACAAAAAUUAGACAAAUUUAGUCGAAAAGAUGACAAAUCGACUAAUCUAGUUGUUACAACAGCAGGUGGAACAAGUUCGGGCUCUGGUAGUAGUGGUAGUUCAUCUGAUCCAAUUUGUAAUAAUAAUUUAUCAUCAUUAUCUGGAAGUGACCAACUAACCGUAACUGAUUUCUAUCCGAUAUCGUUAACGUCGACGUCAACCGCGGAUUCAUCUUAUAAACCGUAUUACAAUCCUAUAACAGUUACAACAGCCGCAUCCAUGAUUAAUGAACCACUUGGAACUUCGACGUUCGGCAAUCUAACAAAUUCAAAUGGUUUUCAAAGUUAUGGAUUUCCUCUUUAUACAACAGCUAAUACAAAUAACAAUAAUAACAGUCAGAGAUUAUCACAAGAAAUUAUAUCAAAAAAAUAUGAUUUAAAUGAUGAGAAUGAAAGUGGAUAUUCAACACCCUCAAAGACAAAAAAAACUGUUUAUGAGGUCGUUGUUUGA